AGUGGCUGUCAACACCGCAUCCCGUGAUGCCUUUUAGUGCAACAAUAUGACGGAACCAAGCGCGUCGCCUGAAGAUCCUUGGAGCAAAACUGACGGCACCUUCAGUGACAGCGGCUUUGAGCACAGCUUCCUGGCAGACUGCGCACGCAAAGGGGCAGUGGUUUCCAGGGCCAACAGCAUAGGCUCCACCAGCGCCUCGUCCGUGCCCAACACAGACGAUGAAGACAGUGACUACAGACAUGAGACGUCCUACAGGGACUCUUACAAAGUGAGACGGAGGCAAGCCCACACGCAGGCUGAACAGAAACGGAGGGAUGCCAUAAGGAAAGGGUAUGAUGAUCUGCAGGCCAUAGUGCCCACCUGCCAGCAGCAGUCGGAGUUUGCCAUGGCCACGCAGAAGAUCAGCAAAGUUACUGUUCUGCAGAAGACCAUAGACUACAUUCAGUUCCUGCACAAAGAAAAGAAGAAGCAGGAGGAUGAAGUGUCCACGCUGAGGAAGGAAGUGAUGGCCUUGAAGAUUAUGAAAACGAACUAUGAGCACAUAGUGAAGGCCCACCAGAACAACCCACAGCAGGGCAACGAGCAGGUGUCGGACCAGGUGAAGUUCAGCGUGUUCCAGAGCAUCAUGGACUCGCUGUUUCAGAGCUUCAGCGCCUCGGUGUCCUUCAGCAGCUUCGAGGAGCUGUCGGCCUGCGUCUUCAGGUGGAUCGAGGAGCACUGCAAGCCCCAGACGCUGAGGGAGUUUGUGGUGGAGAUCCUGAGACGGCUCAACGCUCAGCUGUACUGAUGGCCGCAGAUGGACACCCGAAACAGUUCCCUGUCUGUCAUUCAUGCCGACGUGACACUCAGCAGGGAAUAUGCACAACACUCCCUUCUUACGCACGCACACAUCCAACAUACACACCCCUAUACUGCCUGUAUUACAUAGCUGCGGUGAUCAUGGUGGCCGGCUGGUGCUGUAUUCUUGCCCCACUCUGUCCCCAGCGUCUCUGGUUGGAAUCAGCAGAGCCAUUCUGCUUUUGAGCAAAAAACCUGUUUAAGUAGCAUUAAUUACAUCAUUUUCAAACAUGUGAGGGCUUUAAGUCAACCCUCUGUGUUAUGAAGCUGGUUGGGGCUUGGUGUCCAGGAGAUAGCCUUAUUCUCUUUCACUCUGGUCUUAGUGCCCCCUUGUGGUUGGUUUGGGGGCCCUGUGGAGUUCCUCUGUUGUCACGUGACACAGCUCAGUGUUCUUAGCUUCACAGUGUUGUGAUGAUGCUGCUGCCUCUGGUUUCUCUAGUGUGCUGUGUGCGCAAGAUUUGUGUGGUGGUUCUUCAUGCAGGGACAGAUAUGUCUCUUGUUCAGUGUAAUCAAACAACCAACCGUACUCGUUUCAAUUUUUUUAUUUUUUUCACACUGAAUGUCAAGAGACAGUGGAAACACUAUCUCUACUUUCUGUAUAAGUGGUUUUAAACGAGUUGCCUGAAAAAUGUUUCAGAUUGUCAUCGUGCAGUUAGUGGUUUGUUUUUGCUGUGUUCUAGUGUACCUAUUAUGUGUUACUCUCAUAUUGCUGAAGCACAGAGACACUCAAUAAUGACAAAUCUUGUCAUAUAUGGUGACUAUUUUAAUUCAACCAAAAUAAUAAGGUUGUAGAGAAUGUUGCAGCACAAUCCAAAAAACAAAGGUAAUCAGGAAUUUUUAUAUCAUGAAAUGCAAUGCCAAAAUAUUAAAAGGGAAAUAACUAAAUAGAUAUUAAUCAAUAUUGGAUGUAUGUUGGAACCUUGUGUGCUGGCAAUAAACUCUUGAAAUCGUAUGCUGAUAUUUACAAGAGCAGUUUAAAUAUUUUUGUAUGAACAAUUUGUAAUUGGAAAUAAACAAUAUUCACUGUU